UUCAGUUUCUUUAAUAGUGUAUUCUGAUUAUGUCCUUUCUUUGUUUCAAAAUUGUUGCUUCUUGCUAGGGUUCUCAGGUUGAGUUUUGGGUUCUUUUAUAAACUGUCACAUUUUGGGUUUAUUUGUUUCAAAAUCUAGUGUAGUAUUUCCCAAUGUUCUCCACCAUAAGCAAAGCUAUCACCCAGCAAAACCUAUUAUCAUCAGCAGAAAAAACUGCCAAUAGUGAUGACAUUUUGACUGAAAUAUUCCUUUGCCUCCCACUCAAAUCCUUGGUUACAUUCAGAUAUGUAUCAAAACAUUGGCUUUCUCUCAUCUCCCACCCCAACUUUUCACUCCGCUUACACCUUAAACCUAGACCCAUCUCUGGCCUCAUUUUGCGUUCAAAAUCCAGCCCUAAAAAUCCUAAAUAUGACUUGAUUAAUCUUAAUUCCGAUCCCUUUGUUGCGCCCUUUAGAUCUUUCUCCCUUCCACCAAGUUUGGUUGUCCUGCAAUCUUGUAAUGGUCUAUUGUUAUGUGGCAGUCCCAAAUGGUGCAACCCUACCUGCAACUGUUACAUUAUCAAUCCCAUUACUAAGAAAUACACCGAACUUCCGGGGGCUUUCAGAACCGCCCGUGGAUCUUUUAGAGCCAUUUUAGGAAUUAACUUGGCAUUUGAUCCUUCAAUCUCAUCAUAUUACAAAGUCAUUUGUGUAACUGCCCUUGGGGGCCACUGUCAGAUACAGAUUUACUCAUCAAAAACAGGGGAUUGGACUCCAUCUACUGGUAAAUUCUGGGCAAAAUGUGGUAUGACAUUUAAGGAUGGUGUUUUUUGGAAUGGUGGCAUUCAUUGGAUUAGUUCUGAAAGAACUUCUUUAUAUUUCAAUGUUAACGAAGAGAAACUACAAGAAAUGCCAAUGCCUUGUAUUCGUGAUAGAUCCUCUGAGAGGAGGUUUAUGUACUUUGGAGAGUCUCGGGGUCAUUUGCAUCUCAUUGAGAUUUAUAGUCUACGCGAUGUUAUAUUUGAUGUUUAUGAAAUGGAAAGAGACUACUCUGGGUGGGUUAUGAAGUAUCAUGUUGAUCUCAGAGAAGUUGCAAUCGCAUUUCCAGAGAUGGUGAGAAGUUAUAUUGGUCUAGGGAACUAUUAUGAGAAGUAUUCAAUACUGUGUGUUGUAAGGGAAGAGAAGGAUGAAGAUUCGUACAUGGUGAUACACGUACCUAAGAAGGCAAUACGUUACAAUUUCAAGGAUAGAACUUUCAAGAAGCUUCAUGAUUUUGAGCCAGGGUUCUUCGUCGAUUUCUGCGCACACCAAUUGCUUGAUAAAUUGCGCGCAUAGCUUUCUCCGACCGUGCUUUCCUCAAAAGGAACCAUAACUGAAUCCAGCAUACUUAUCACCACCUCCUCAGCAGAAACAAUUGCAAACAAUGAUCAUCUUUUUACGGAACUACUUGUUUGCCUCCCAAUCAAAUCUUUGAUCUCAUUUAUGUCUGUUUCCAAACAUUGGCCGUCCCUCAUCUCCAAUCCCAAUUUCUCCCUCCGCCUAAACCCUGUCCCCAGACCCAUCAUUGUCCUCUUUACCUCGUGCCGCAACACUCCAGGAUAUCAUUUAAUCAAUCUUGGUUCCAGUCCUCCUUCCCUCUUUGAAUUUCUCUCUAUUGGAAACUACCCACUCGUCACCGUUUUUAAGCAAUCUUGCUAUGGUCUAUUAUUGGGCCGCUGUUUGCUAGUAACAGAUAAGUCUAGUUGCCAAUUCUCUGGGUAUUAUGUUUACAACCCCACUACACAGCAAUACACUAGGAUUCCUGGACUCGUUGUUGAUGGUUGCAGAUUGUCUUCUUUGAGUUUUUAACUUAGCAUUUGAUCCUUCAAAGUCACCUCAUUACCGCGUCAUUUGCGUAAGAUAUUUGUGAGAAUUUAGUAGAACACAGUAAUCAGAUAGAGAUUUGCAUUUACUCAUCAAAAACUGGGAUUUGGAGGCUAUCUGGUGGUACAUUCAUUACUCGACAUCUUAAAUUCUGGGGUGGGGUUUUCUGGAGUGGUGCCAUUCAUUGGAUUAAUGCUUGGGACACAUCUUUUAUAUUUCAACAUCGAUAAAGAGAAAAUAGGAAAAGUUCCACUGCCUGUUAUGCCCGAUGGAUGGGGAUGGCAUGAGAGGAACACCUCGUAUUCCAGAGAGUCUUGAGGACAUUUUCAUCUUAUUAAAUCCUAUUAUAGUCUGUGUAAUGUCUAUGAAAUGGAAAAAGACUGCUCCGGGUGGUUCAUGAAGAUCUUCGUUCAGUUGUAACUCCAUUCCCUGAGAUGAUGAGGAGCUGUGCUGAUCAAGGAAGCUUGAUUAACCCUAAAAUUUGACUAUUAUGUGUUGUAAGGGAAGAAAAUGACGAAGACUUUUAUUUGGUGUUGCACUUAGCUAUGAAGGUAAUACGAUAUAAUUUCUAAGGGUAAGACUUUCAAAAAGAUCCAUGAUUUCGCUCCAAGUGAGUAUGAAAUUAAAGCUGGAAGUGGAAACGUAGUUGCAUUAGAUUUUGGAGGGAUUGAUGCUAUUCAACACAUAGAGAAUCUUGCUUGUGUUUGAUGACGUUUCUGUUCAAGGUACGGUUUUGUGUGAUUAAAGGAUUUAUUACUCUUCUUUUUUUAAUUUCAGGUAUUUAAAUUUAACAUUUAUCUUUGUAGUGGAUAACAAUUUAAAAUGUUUAUGUUCAAUUUGAAUUAUGAUGUGCACUUGUUACAGUUAUAGUUGUUCAAUUGAAAAGGAGGAAAAGAUAUCAGGU